AUGGCGACUUAUGACACGAUUGCCUUGUCGGCUGAACAGCGCGACCUAGCAAAAAAGUCAAGAAAGUGGCUCACCCUUGAUAGUAGUAAGAAGAGCAAGUAUGUCUUUUUAAAUACUAGCGAGCAACUUUAUCGGUCUCUACUCAGGGUGGUUGUUAAAAAGCUUGAAAACCUCCAAAACCGCAAUCCAAACUUUAACGAAGUAAUUAAGAUAACUACCUAUCUUAAUAAAAAUCAGCCGCUUUCAGUGAAUCACGGCCACACAACAGUCGCGAUCCAAUUACCAGACGACGAGACCGGUAUAGUGGUUAAAGUGCGAGAUCUAAGUGCCGAUCCUAGUAUGAUAGCGUUUAAUUGGGAGCCUGGAGAUGCCUGCUUUCUGCCAAAAGGCUGCGUGCUGACGGCCCCGGAUGAUGCUAUUAUAGACAUGUGGAUAUUUUUCCUUAAAGAUUCAGAUCUAUCUAUCCAGGGUAGCCGCGUGAUCCGACCCAAGUCAACGUCGCAAGCGCACCACGGUAAGCGCCAAAGGGUUUCAGCCAAAGCAAAUGCGCCUGGCGCGUUGAAUUUUAUGAUGAGUCUAACUAGAUGUAUCGCCACGGUGGUAGCAAUUUAUGCUUCCCUUCUCAUUUUAUUUCCUUGUCCCAACUGGAACUCGAACGGCAUUACCAUGCUCAAUGUACUCAUAUUCUGA